UAUCAGUUUUGACGUUUCUUAUGUGUCAUCAGUCGUACAAAUUGAAAACAAACAAAAUAUGUGAUUCCGACCUAACAACAAUGGCAAAUAAAUUAUUCAAUACAAGGGCUGUGUUCAGCUUUAUCGUUUUAAUAAGUUGCGCGACAUGCAGCGACAUAACAAACUUGGUUUUUGGCAAAAACACCAACGGAAUGCCUGCUGCUUUUGGCGACUUCAACUCUGAUGAACUGACCGACGUCUUUGUGCUUCAGGAAGAUGGCAAAGCGAUUGAAAUUUUGCUAGCGUUUGAAGAAGAGCCGUUGUUACGAACGAAUGGUUUGAAGUGUAGUUUUAAGCAUUCAAUAAUCACCAGUGUUGUCCCUGGUGAUUUCGAUGGUGAUGCAUUUAUGGACAUACUUGUAACGACUCUGGACAAGAACGUUAGCCCCGAAGAUGGUAAACCUCCACUUACCAAUGUCCAUGUGCUUUGGGGUGGUGGUGAGAAACUCAAUUGUAGCAAUGAUGAGGAUAAACCUUUGAUUAAAAUGAUUGGACAGCCUUUGGCAAUUGAUUACAAUCAGGAUAUGAUUAUUGAUUUGUUUGGACAGGACAAGGACUAUGUGAGGUAUUUUUGGAUAUUUAAUAAGACCAGGGACACUCCCAAACAGAUUCGAAUGGUUUCAAACAAGGUUCAUGGUAAACUCAGUCGCCCACAUUCACAUGCAUUUUUAGAUUGGAAUGAUGAUUACAUGGCAGACUUAUUCAUCACAACACCAGAAAACUUUGAAUUUUGGACUGGCAGGGAGAAUGCUGAAGAGAAAUUCGUCUUCAACAAAACCGUGUCCCUCCCUCCAAACGUCGAGCGAAUUGGUCAAUCCCUGUUCAUCGACGUCGAACUCAAAGGUCACAUGGAUCUAGUAACACCCGUCUGUCACGACAAAGACUGCAGAAACAGCGCUCUUAUGGUUUAUUCCGGCGACAAAUGGCACACCAUGCAAGUAAAUUUUAAGGACGACAACGGAAACACUUGGGGAUUUUACGAGAAACCUGGCUCGAAAUACACCAACGUAAUUACAUUACACAGCGGCGACUUUAACAUGGACGGUUAUCCGGAUUUACUGGCCACAUUAUCCGUGGGGAACACCGGUCACCCACAGUCGUUCCUACUAGAGAACACGGCUUGCGUGAGCGGUUGCAACCAGUUCAAGAGGUCGUACACCAUAAAAUGGAACGCGUUGAGCCCGUUCAAGAACGGCACAGCCAUGGCUGCGUUCUUCGACUUCUAUCAGGACGGUAUCCUGGACGUGAUACUGGUUACGUACGAUGGAACAAAUUACAGGACGGCCGCGUUCAAAAACAGUCUGGAUUACGACGCCAACUUCGUCAAGGUGAUGGUGUUGACCGGUCUCUCCAACAAGGCGAAUCCCAUGACUAUGGGAAGAGUGGGCAAGAAACGUAAGACGUACGGCACCAACCUUCCCGGUCCGAGCAUCUACUACAAAACGACUACGCAGGAAGGUGACGUGAGGCACGGCGUGUCUGCGCAGUUGCCGCAGUCUGCCCACUUCAGCUUGAACUUGCCCUACACCAUAUUCGGCUUGGGCAGAACGCCCAACUUCGUAGACUCCUUGACGGUGGGAUUGUCCAACAAUUCCAGGUCGUGGACCCAGAUCAUACCUAAUUCUCAAAUGGUCGUUAUUCCUUGGCCCACAACGGAUCCGUCGCAGUGGAAGGCGCAGCUGUUUGUGACUCCAAGCAAGCUGAUUCUGAUGUCAGUGGCUGCGUUGACCGCAGUUUGCGGUGUUAUAACGGUUAUUAUUGCCGUGCUUUAUUGGAAGGAACGGCAGGAGGAUAAGAAGGAAAGGCUUUCAGAGUCUCAUAGGUUCCACUUUGAUGCUAUGUAAUUAUGUGAUCUAGUAUUGUUUUGCUUAAUUUAUUAAUAAGAGUCUAUGUUAUUGUUUAAUACUAAGCUGUGUAAUUAUUUAUAAAUAAACUAUCUAAUAUUCUUUUUA